CCAACGCCACUUUCGUCUCCACCGAAGCAGUCGGCGAUAAGACUCGACAGGGAAGAAGACUCCAACUGCCCUCCCAUUCGAUCUACCAGUACCAUCUAUAAAGAUGAUGUCAGGGUGAUACCGAGGGGACGAGGAGACCAUAAACAAAUUGCUCCAUAGCAUAUUGUUGCUCACAACUCACCCCUCCCACACUCUUUGAACUGCCUGUCGCUAUUCAGUUCACCAUGACGCGAACAUAUACCUUCCCAGGUGUCGCCGUCAUCACCGGAGCCGGCGGAACUGGCAUCGGCGCAGCCGUCGCAAAGAGCUUCGCCGCCGCCGGCUGCGACCGCAUCGCCAUCACCGACCUCAACCCGAGCUCGUUGAACGACACCAAAGAAGCCAUUCUCGCCGCCUCGCCUCACAUCCGCCUACUCCACCAAGCCGGCGACAUCUCCGACGAGGGCUUCGUGGACUCGUUCAUCGCAGCCGUGGUGUCGGAGUUCGGCCGCCUCGACUACGCCGUCAACUGCGCGGGGGUGCUGGGCGACGCGCUGCGCUCGACCGAGACCUCGACCGAGAUCUUCGACCGCAUCACCAACAUCAACUACCGCGGCUCGUGGCUGUGUUCUCGCGCGGAGCUCAAACAGAUGGUUCAGCAGGAUCCCCUGCCCAGCGAGGAUCUGGCGGGGCGCGAGGGCCCGCGCGGGGCGGUUGUCAAUAUUGCCAGCCAGCUGGGGAUCGUGGGACGGCCGGGGGCUCCGGCGUACUGUGCCUCCAAAGCUGCCAUUAUCGCAAUGACCCGUUCCGACGCCAUUGACUAUGCGCGGGAGGGGAUCAGGGUCAACUGCGUGUGUCCAGGCGUGAUUGAGACUCCCAUGACCACGUACAGCGAGGAAGUCCGUGAACGACUCCGGCCUGCGGUGGACAUCGCGCCCAUGAAGCGGAUGGGCAAGCCCGAGGAGGUGGCUGAUGCAGUGCUCUUCCUCUGCUCGACCUUUGCGUCGUUCGUUCAGGGACAUGCUCUGGUGGUGGAUGGGGGGUAUAUUAUCAACUAAGGUCAUGAAAAGCUAAAAGCUAUGCCGGAUAACGAUUGAUGAACUGGUUUCCCACUCGUGGUGGACGGCAGUAAUACGAUGAAUUGAGGUCAUGAACUGU